CUGGUAUGUAGGUUACGCAAGGGUGCUAGGCUAUAGUAGAACUGCUGAAGGACCGGUCAGAAACCCUGAAGCACACAGUAAACCGGCGGUUCUUUGAAUUAAAAGCGACCUUAUUUUGUUGACUAGUCUAUCGUUAACUGUUUAAUAGCGUUCUUUCAGAGAUUACACUAUUCCAACUGGGUGGAUUUGGUUCUUUACCCACUGCAGUAAAAAUGCUCCUGAGUAAGAGUUUGACUCCUGCUUUGUGCGGAAGUGCGCUCCGCUUGUCCUCCGCAGCCGCCCGGAUUCAAGUAAAAGGUGCUGCUGCAGCCUUGCAAAAUGCUCGUCUUUAUGCCAGCCAGGCCGCAGAGGCUGUGUUGGAUAAAACAGAAGUUGGAAGCUCAACUGCUGUUAAACCACAUGCUGAGAAGAAGCCACUGGCAGUGGAGUCCAAGUCUUUUGCCGUGAACAUGUUCAAGGGCCAGAUCAGCACCGCCCAGGUGUUCCCCUAUCCUUCAGUGAUGAAUGAAGAACAGACUCAGUUCCUUAGGGAGCUGGUUCCACCAGUUGCCAAGUUCUUUGAUGAGGUGAAUGAUCCGGCUAAGAAUGACAUUCUGGAGAAGGUGGAGGACCACACCAUGGAGGGGUUGAAGGAGAUGGGAGCUUUUGGUUUGCAGGUGCCAGCUGAUCUGGGUGGCCUUGGCCUCACCAACACUCAGUAUGCCAGGUUGGUGGAGAUUGUGGGUAUGCAUGAUCUGGGAGUUGGCAUUACCCUCGGAGCCCACCAGUCCAUUGGCUUUAAGGGCAUCCUGCUCUUUGGCAACCCCGAGCAGAAGGAGAAGUACCUGCCCAAGCUGGCCUCAGGAGAGACCAUUGCUGCGUUUUGUCUGACCGAGCCUGCCAGUGGCUCCGACGCUGCCUCCAUCAAGACCACAGCUGUGCAGUCUGAGUGUGGCCAGUACUUCACCCUCAACGGCGGCAAGAUCUGGAUCAGUAAUGGGGGCCUGGCAGAGAUUUUCACUGUGUUUGCCAAGACUCCAGUUAAGGACCCGAAAACAGGAGAAAUGAAGGACAAGAUCACUGCUUUCGUUGUGGAGAGGAGCUUCGGGGGGGUGACGCAUGGUCCACCAGAAAAGAAGAUGGGCAUCAAGGCGUCCAACACGGCGGAGGUGUACUUUGAGAACGUGCGAGUGCCCGCUGAAUGUGUCCUGGGCGAGGUGGGCGGAGGCUUUAAAGUGGCCAUGAACAUCCUCAACAACGGCCGCUUCGGCAUGGCGGCCGCCCUCUCAGGAACCAUGAAAGGGGUCAUCACCAAGGCUGUAGACCAUGCUGCCAACAGGACCCAGUUUGGCAGCAAGAUCCACACGUACGGAGCCAUUCAGGAGAAGGUGGCCCAGAUGGCCAUGCUGCACUAUGUGACUGAGUCUAUGGCCUACAUGAUCAGUGGUAACAUGGACAGCGGAGCAGCGGAGUUUCAGAUCGAGGCGGCCAUCAGCAAGAUCUUUGCCUCUGAAGCAGCCUGGACAGUGACCGAUGAAUGUAUUCAGAUCAUGGGAGGAAUGGGCUUCAUGAAGGACACUGGUGUGGAAAGGGUGAUGAGAGAUUUGAGAAUCUUCCGGAUCUUUGAGGGCACCAAUGAUAUUCUCAGAUUGUUUGUGGCUUUGAACGGCUUCCAGAACGCAGGUAACCAUCUGAAGAGUCUGCAGAAAGCUCUGAAAAAUCCCCUUGGCAAUGCUGGGCUGCUGGUUGGUGAAGUCAGCAAAAGGGCUAAGAGGAAAGCUGGCUUGAGCACAGGUCUGACCCUUCAGGGAACUGUUCACCCAGAACUGGCCCAGAGUGGAGAUCUGGCUGUGAAAGCAGUCGAGCAGUUUGGAGUGACAGUCGAGGACCUGCUUCUCAAACACGGAAAGAAAAUCAUCAAUGAGCAGUUUGUGCUGAAGAGAGUGGCCGAUUCGGCUAUUGACCUGUACGCCAUGGUUGUGGUGCUGUCCAGAGCUUCCCGUGCACUGAGCCAACAGGCUCCCUCUGCCCAGUAUGAGAAGAUGCUGUGUGACACCUGGUGCAUUGAGGCCCAUGAGAGGAUCAUGCAGAACCUGAAGUGCCUGAGGUCCAGUUCUACUCAGCAGACUUUCAGGAACAUGCGCGAGAUCUCCAUGGCCGUGGUGGAGAAUGGUGGCGUAGUGGCCCCUCAUCCUCUGGGCUUCUAAGAGUCCAGGGGCUGCCAAAGUCAACAAAAACAGACCCAAGCCACUUCAUCCAUCACCAAUGACUUGUUUAGAAAGCAAGCCUCUUCAUCAAACACAAUUGACUUGUUUAGAAAACAACAGAAGGGCUGUAGGCACACUUGUGUACAUUCACAUACACUCAAGUCAAAGACUGUCAAAUUGACAGAUGAACUCUUAAGGUCUAUUUUCAGUUACAGUUUUUGGGUCCAAAUAAUGCCUUAUACCACAUACACCAGGGAAAUUAAUAAUGACACAUACGCCAGGCAAAUCAAUGUUGGUCAUACUAAGCUGUGUACAUUCUCUAUUCUCCUGACAGGAUCAUGACAGAAUUUGCCUCUAACAGUACACUCUUAAACGAAUGUGUUGGAAACAACACAAACUGUGUUGUCCCUAUCUGGACACAGAGAUGUGUUAAAAACAACUCAAGUUGUGUUAUUUUCAACACAUUCAUUUUAAGAGCGUACAUUCUACCUCUUCAGGUUAAAACUCUCCACACUCUUAAUUGUUUCUUUUGUAUCUUAAGAGUUUUAGUUUAUCAUGUUGUACUUCUCUGAUUACUAGUGUUAUCUACCUUCAUGGUACUGUCAAAGGACUGACCCUUUAAUUCCAUCAUAUCACAUGUCCACUACUCGUGUUAAGUUCUAUUGUAUUACUUGCAUUCACUUAUGUAUAUAGGCCUACAACAUGAACAGAGCUUGAAGACGCAUGCACACACACACACACACACAUUUAUGCUCCAUUUUGCCUGGACAUUCCCUGGGGUCGUCAGGGUUAUUCUCUCCAAUCAUGCCACCGUCUCAGGGCACAAAGUGCUCUUAUCCACAGUACUCCUGACUAAAGUGCUUUACAGUUUAUUACUGAUGCUAACAUCCAACAGUUAAAUGCAACACAGCAACUCACAAUCACACCAGUGCCUGCAGUUGAUAGAAGUCACUUACAACUAUGUUGUAAACGUGCUUUGUAAAAUUCAGUUAGCUUUGUGUCUAUAUGUAGUUACAUGAUUUUAUAAUGAGGGAUGUCUUUUAGUGUUCAUGGUCUGAUCUACCCUUUUAAAGGGUGAUGUAGUAAAAAUGUUAUUUAAGUGGAA